AUGACUCAUGCUUCUUUUAAAGAUUGCACAAUUUUCUUGAGCAAAAAUCUAGACAGGGAUAUAUAUGAUGGUGAAGAAGGAGAUCCUCCACCUGUUGUCAGUCAAUCUUUAAAGAAUCUUCAUGAGUAUAAACUGGAGACUCUGAACUCCCAUAAUUCUGCCAGCAGUGGGUUGGUUCGAAGCAGGCGAAACCAUCUUGUCUGCCGUCAAUUUUCAAAGUCCGGCGCAAUGUCCAAACGUGACUUGGCUUUAGUAAUGGAUGCUCGCUAUGCUAUCCUUCUUGCUCCUCACAUGGGUUGCAAAGUUGUGCUCGCCACCGAUUGUUUUAACAGUGGCAAAUGA